AUGACCAAAAGAAAAGAAGAUAUAAGUGGUAAUGAUACUUCAAAUUUACCAAUUCCAAAUGUAGACCCAAGUAAUACAAAUUCAAAUCUCCCUCAAAAAAGGCAAAGAAGGCCUUCUUCAGAAUAUUUAGAAUCACAAUUGCCAAAAACCAAUUUAAAAAAUAAAAGGGGAGUUAUAAAUGAUGAUUAUUGUAGUGGAUGUGGUGAUGGUGGUGAUUUAUUAUGUUGUGAUAAUUGCCAAGCAUCAUUCCAUUUAAUCUGCUUAAAUCCACCAUUAAAUGAAAUUCCUUCUGGUGAUUGGUUUUGUGAUUCAUGUACAUAUAAAAAACAACAGCAACAACAAAAAACAAAACAACCCCCAGCUCAACAACAUCAACAUCAACAUCAACAUCAACAAUCAAAUAAAACAAUACCGUCUAGUAAACAAAAAAAUGAUAUACAGGAUACAAUGAUUAAUCUGGUUGAUUCAUUAUCUUCAAGAAAUCCAACUUCUUUUCAAUUACCAAGAGAAUAUACAAAAAGUAAUAAUAAUAAUAUUAAUAAUAAGUUUAUCAAAAAUAUAAUUAAAACAAGUUCAAAGAAAAAAGGAUGUCAAUCAUGUAAAGAUAGUUCAAAUCAAACUGAUAUUGUGCAAUGUAAUAGGUGUAAUAGUUGUUUUCAUACAUUUUGUUUAGAGCCACCAUUAAUAUAUAAACCAUCAUAUUGGAUUUGUCCAAAGCAUAAUGAUUAUACUUCACCAUCUGCUUAUUCAUCAAUUAGAAAUACUCGAAGACCAGGUGAACAACAUCAAUAUAUAGAUGAUGAUGAUCAUGAUGGUGAGGAAGAAAUAGAAAUUGAAAAUAAUAGUAAUAAUAAUAAUAUUGAUAAUAAUGAUAACGACAAUCACCAAGAAGAAAAAUAUGAAAGUGAAGAAGGAGCAGAAUAUGAUAAAAAUAGGAGGAACCAAAAAUAUAUUAAUACAGGUUUAAAAAGGAAAUCAUUAAAUGAUAUUGAUAAUAAUAGUAAUAAUAGUAAUAAUAGUAAUAAUAAUAAUAAAAAUAAUAAUUGUAGUUUUAUAUCAAGUUUAUUUCAAAAGAGUUCACACAAUGUAGAUAAUAAUUUUAAAAAUAGUGAAUAUUUUGAAAUGACAAAAUCACCAUCACCACCAUAUACACCAACAAUCACAGCUAAAAGCACAGGUACAGGUGUAGGUACAGUUACAGGUACAGGUACAGGUACAAAUACAAAUACAAAUACAAACACAAAUACAAAUACAGGCACAGGUGUGAUAAUACUGAAAAAACGACCAUCAUUGGAUAGUGGAUCACAAAUAACACCAAUAUCAAAUAACAUCAACAACAACAACAACACCACCACCACUACUACCACUACCACUGCCAACACCAACACCAACACCAACACCACAACCACAGGAACAUCAACAUCAACAAAUAAUCAAUCACCAUUUUUAACGAAAUUACAGCAACAACAAAAGGUAAAAGAGGAUUAUUUAAAAGAUAAAGAAAAGGAGAAAAAAAAGAAAGAAAACUAUGACCAAUUUAUGAUAUCGUCACCACCACUCAAAAAAAAUAAUAACAAUAACAACAACAACAACCCUCCACAAUUUACCGAAAAAUUUAAAUUGGAUUUCUCAGAUGUAUUCAAUAAACAAACAUUUAAUAAUCAUUAUAAACCUUCACCAAAGAAUCCAUUCUAUGAAAAUAUUUAUAGGAAUAGUAAAACAAUUGAUCAACUUUAUGAUAAUCAAUUAAUUCAACAAUUAUUUGGUGAAGAAAAUGCAAAAAUACUUCAAAAUAAUUUAACUCAAAUACCGACAAAAUUAACAAAAAUACCAAUAACAUCACCAUCACAAUCUCUAUCUACAGCCCAAUUAAUAUCUAGCAAUGGUGUAACACCAACAACAACAACAACACCAACACCAACAACAACAACAACAAUAGAACCAACAAAAUCAAAUAUUUCACCAACUAAUCCACCAACUACAAGGAGAACAUCUCUACCAAAAUCACCAAACCUUCAACCAAAUAAUAAAUCAAUAAAUAAAAACACUAAUAUCAAUAAUAACAAUAAUAAUCUAAAUAAUAAUAAUUAUCCAAAUAAUAAUAAUAAUAAUAAUAAUAAUAAUAAUAAUAAUAAUAAUAAUAAUAAUAAUAAUAAUAAUAAUAAUAAUAAUAAUAAUAAUAAUAAUGAACAAGCAAUGAGUCAACUUGAGAUAUUAUUAGAAGAACAAAGAAAAUUAUCGGUUGCCUCAAUGCCAUCGGAAUUUGGAAUCAUUCCAACUGAUGUUUUACAACAACCAAUCGAUUCCUGUAAUUCUAUUGUUAUGUCAAGUCUUUCACCAUUAUUCACUCAGUUUUUGGCAUGGCAAAGGUUAAUGCAAAUAAAUCACCAGAUUUUCCAGUUACGAAAUAAUUUUCCAAAUCCUUCAACACCAAUUUUUACACCUCAACAACAACAUUUCAAUAAUGUUUCAAAUGUAGAUUUAAAUAAUAAUUCAAAUAAUAAUAUUCCAAAUAAUAAUAAUAAUAUUCCAAAUAAUAAUAAUAAUGAUUCAAAUAACAAUAACGAUCCAAACAAUAAUAAUAAUAAUAAUAAUAAUAAUAAUAAUAAUAAUAAUAAUAAUAAUAAUAAUAAUAAUAAUAAUAAUAAUAAUAAUAAUAAUAAUAAUAAUAAUAAUAUCAAUGGUAAAAUUAAUGGAAAUACUGCGAAUGAGGAAAUCAAACCAUUCAAUAAAAAUAAAAAAUAA